UGGUGCAUGACAUCUCACCCCUAGUAUUAUUUCGUUGAUAAGUGAUUAUGGCGAGAAAUUCAGUGCGAACAUCUGAUAAAAAUGGGGUGAGAGCUCCAAGAGUCAGCAGCGGCUCCAGGAUAUCCUCUGGGGGAAGGGGAAGCGCUCACAGAGCUAAUUCUGCACCACCCAAGAAAAGCACUUCAAAUCUCCGGGAUGCAAAUAAAAUUCGCAUUCCUUGUGGCAAAAUUCCGCAGAAGCUUCCAAAAUCGGCGAAGAUAAUAACAAAAUCGGAAUAUGACUAUUUCCGAACCCGUGCACUCGACGGUUUGCAAACCAAAGAGGAGAAAGAUGCGGCGCAUUUCCAAAUGGAGAAUGAAAAGUCGCGAUUGCUUGCAGAAUCGAUGGCGAGAAAAGAGGAGAUAAAACGUAUAGACCUUGAAAAACGGAGGGAUAAACCCCUCAAGUUGGAUGACUUGGAGGCAGAAGCAAGACGAAAGACAAUGCACCUCCUGGAGAGAGCGUACGAUUUGAAACUGGAACAAGAGGAGGAGAUCCAGAUGUGCAACAGACUCAUCCUCGAGACAAAGUGUCGAGCAAUCCGCGACCUCCAGGUGUCCGAGAAGAGGAUAAUCGAGAAAGAGAUGAACGACGAGGAGAAACGACUCAAUCAGAUGAUGGAGAACGAGAGAAAGCAGAAGCUCCAGGAGGAGGCGAGGAAGGACGAGUUGGAGAUGGCACGCCGUAGAAAAUACGCUCGACUGCUUCGUAAUCAGAUUCUGGAGAACGAGGAGCAGAAGAUCAUUGAAUUCGAGAGGAAGCAGGAGGAGGGAAAAUUGAUAAAUCUGAGUAAUAUCGCGUGGCAGGACGAGGAGAUUGCCAAGGCGAAGAGAAAAGAGGAAGAGGUGAUGCGAGCGCGAAAGCAAUUGAUUAUUGAAAAUGAGAAGCUCAAGAGAUUCAAGGAGAUGCAGAGAGAAGAGCAGAGGAUCCUCGACCUGAGGAUUCGUGAGUACCAGAAGAAUAAAGCAGAGAGGGAAGCAGCCAUCGAGGAGGAGCACAGGCUAGCAAAAGCGAGAAAGGACAGGGAGAGAUCCAGGAUGGCAGCCCAGGCCCAGCAGGCUACCGAACUCCAGUCGCAGAUCGAUGAGCUCAAUGCUGCUCGACUCCAGGAGGAGGUGGAUCGUGAGUGGCGACGAAAGGAGAAAGAGACUGCCCUCAAGCGUCUGGAGAUCAGGAAAAAUCUGGCAAUUGCUCGAGAGGAUCAGAUCAACUACAGGAAGAUGCUACAGGCGAUGGAGAUCGAGCGAGAAAGGCGAGAAUUUCAGAAGAUACUCCAGUACCAGAAGGAGGCAAUAUGCAAGGAGCAGAGGGAGAGGGAGGAACGGCACAGGGAGGCUCUUCACCAUCGCACUGUUAUUUUGAAACAGGUCAAUGAGAAGGAGAAGGGAAAAUUGGAGAUGAGGAGGAAGAUGUUUGAGGAGGGGAUGGCCAUCAGGGCGGAGAUGGAGACGAGGAAGAAAAGGCUCAGAGAUGCCAUGGAAAAGAAGUGCAAGGAGAUGGAGGUCAAUAAUGUACCGGAGGUUUACAUUAAUGAUGUCAGAGCUAUGAUUGAUAAAGUUCAAUGAGUCGUGGUUUUAUUAAAAUUUUA